UAUAUAUAUAUAUAGAUCAGACAGAUUCUGCAAGAAUUAAAUGGGUAGAUCAGAGGAGGAAGAAGAAGACAAAAAGAUGCAGAAAAUGGAUCUCUCUUUGAAGAUUAUUGACGAUGAAGAAGCAGUUCAGAAGGCAGAAGAAGAAGAUGAUGAUGAUGAUGAAGAAAUGGCACGAGCAGUGAAGGUUGACGAAGAAGAAGCUCCUCAUCAUGAAGCCACCAUGGUUGCAGCAGGAGAUCAGACACGAGAACAACAAGAAGAUGAUAAUGGGUCAAUGGCGGAGAACACUAAAACAAGAGAGGAGCUAAGUGUUUUACAAGUGGAGACAGAUCGCAUGAAAGAAGAAAACAAAGUGUUACGGAAAGAGGUGGAGCAAACCAUGAAAGACUACUACGAUCUUCAGAUGAAAUUCGCAGUCAUCCAGCAGAACCACCUCGAAAAGCAAAAAGACCCCCAGAUGAUGUCUCUCUCAUCACUUGAAAACAAUGGAAAUUCUGGCGGUGGUGAGGAUGAUGGUAUGAGGGAGAUUGGAUUGGGAUUAUCACUGAGGUUACAGACUAGUAAGAGUGAACCAGAAGAAAAUAUUUAUAAAGAAGAGUCUAAGAAUAACAAGGAAUUAUUAGAAUUGACGAGUUUUGGAACCUCAUCAGCAGUACGACAGAACAAGAUAGCUCGCACUAGUUACCAUGAUCAGUCACCUGGUAUCAGUAAUACCCAUGUUGCUUCAUCAACUCCAACUAGUAGGAAGGCUAGGGUUUCUGUUAGAGCCAGAUGUGAAGCGGCCACUAUGAAUGAUGGGUGUCAAUGGAGAAAAUAUGGUCAAAAAAUUUCCAAAGGGAAUCCAUGUCCUCGUGCCUAUUAUCGCUGCACUGUAGCCCCCGGCUGUCCAGUCAGAAAACAGGUGCAGAGAUGCUUAGAGGACAUGUCCAUAUUAAUCACAACAUAUGAAGGAACACACAAUCAUCCUCUCCCAGUAGGUGCAACAGCCAUGGCUUCCACUGCUUAUAAUGCAGCUAACCAAUAUUACAACAUCCAAUCAAACCCUAAUAAUAAUAACAUUGACCCUUCCAAAGGACUCGUUCUCGAUCUCACCUCAACCUCAUCAUCAUCAUCUUCACCACCCAGAUUUUCUUGGACACCAAACAGUAGUAAUUUUCCCACUCAAGAAAUAUCAGCAAGGCACUUCCAUUAUUACCAUUUGGAUAUCAUCAUCAUCAUCAUCAUCAAAGUGUGUCUGCGAUAGCUUCAGAUCCUAAGUUUAGGGUUGCUGUGGCAGCAGCAAUAACUUCCAUAAUUAAUAAUCCUUCAGGGACGACUGCCGCGUCGUCAUCAUCGACUUCGAUCAUUAAUAACGGAAACUCUGGCCUUGGCAGCAGCAGUAACAGAUGGAUCUUAGAGUCCCUCUCAUCAUCGCCCAAAGGGAAAACCCAGUUCAAAGAUUAAGCAUGGAAGACGUGAAGGAUAUAUAUAUAUAUAUAUAUAUAUAUUCUUCUGAUUCUUUUUUCUUUAAAAGUUAUUUUUUUUUCAAUAUUUUUUUCAGACAAACAUAUGUAUAAGCUUUUAUAUAUGAAGAAGGUUUCAAUUACUUGACAUGCAAGGUAAUUAAACUAGUGAAGGGUCAAUAUUUGUUGCGUGGAUCUUUAGGUGCAACGUACUCUUUAUAUAUAUACAUAUAUAUAUAA